UCUCGCUGCCUGUUCAGGGUUAACGCGGCGUGCGUUUAAAAUUUCUUUCUUUUUUCUGAGAUACACAACAUCUCUCUAAAGAGCACAGAGAGAAGGAAUGAAGCUUUCAGCAGAGCUGGAGGGAUACUUUCAGUAGAGCUGCUCUUCAUGUGUGUAGGCAUAUUUCUGAAGGUGGCCGGCAGGUAUUUGUAGCUCAAACCAGAGUGAGCCAGGACUGUGACACUGGAAGACAAUGGACUCUAAAACUGAUGUGCAGAACACAAGCCUUACUGGCCUUUGAAUCUUCAGCUUGGCAGUCUCCCACUGAAGCAGUUCUCUUGGGAACUGCUGUGCUAAAAUCCUUCAGGAAAAUAGGAGGCAUCUCUUACGUGGUCAGGCAAGAUGAGCAGUGUCUCUAAGCGAACAUUACUAUUAAUAUGUGCUUUAAUAAAUGCUGUAGGCCUUGCCCAUACCCAGUGCAUCUCCUUCAGGCACGAGUGUUUGCCAUGAGCUGCCAGGCAAGGACUUGAGCUGCCGUGAAAGCAGCACUUGGACAGAGAGCUGCUGUAGUGCAGCAUAUUGUGUUGUGUGAGUGAUUUGGUGGUUUGUGAGUGGUUUGGUGAUGAUGAUAAUGCUCUUCUGCAGUUCUAACUAAAGUGAUUCUGGCUACCUUCAUAGGCAUCUGUUUUUAAAAUCAGAUUCUCCUUAGUAUAAGUGAAAGGGGUUCUCUCAGUCCUCAAACAAAAUUAGAGUAUAGAAAUUAGGAAUAAAAACUUCAAGCCUUCUCUUCAACUUUGUUUUCAGCACAGUAGCUGCUUCAUGCUGCUCUCACAUGGGAACUGCACGUAUUAAGUGUGUUUGCCACAGAUGUGGAGAGAGGUGAAUUGAUUUCCCAAAUUCAGAGAACCAGUGUAAGUACUGGGACCAACCCUGAGGGUUUCUUGGCUCCCAGCUGUAGAUGACACAAUUUUUUGCUUGCAUGACUUGUGUGUACAGGACUCAUUAAUGUAUCUGUGUUCACACCAGUGGCAUCUGCAAGGAAGAAGUGACCUGUGCACACUGAAGGCACUGAACAUGUUUAUCAAAAGCUCAGGUGGUGGCCCCUCACCUACCUGUCUUCCUCUUCUUGUUGCUUGGAGCAUUACUUCUUUUUUUUUUCUUUUUUUUUUUUUUUUUUUUAAAUAACACUACUUUCCACCCUCAAGUCAAAUAGACCUAGUCAGGGACUGAGAAAUUUGAUUUUUCUGAGUAAUUGUUUUGGGCCAUCUCUUGACUAUGGCAGCCAAAAGCUGCAUGUCCUGCUCCCCUUUUGUUAUUUUUGUUGGUGCUAUCCAUGGCAAUAAGGGCUCUUGUGUGUCUGCAUGAUGCCUCAGAGGGAUGCCAGUGCUUGUAAUUCUUCUUGCAUGGCAAUGACUAACAUGGGAAAGGAAUCUGAUCCACAGAAACCUAACACUGGUAUUUCACAAGCUGACCUCACUAAUUUCUGAGUUUGUUUUUUAAGUAAAACUGUAUGGUUUUCCAAAGGACAAUUUUAGUUUGGCUUUUGCAACUACCUGUUGACUGUGGUUUCAGUAUCUUGGGGCUUGCCUGCAAAUGAAUUAAAACAGUAUAUGAGCUCCAUGAAGAGCCUACAUGAGUCUCCCUGCUGUCCUGUCCUGCUCGCUCUGCUCUGUGCAACUGCAAUUGCAAUCCAUAGCAAUGGUACAAUGGAAAAGGAAGCUGAAAAAAGUUUUUGGCUUGUUCCUUUAGAUCCCCUUUAAAAUGGACUGUUGGGUGGGCCAGCUUUUUCUCUCCCAAGUGUUAUUACAAUCCGUUUAUACUGGGGAAGAAGCAGAUUUGCUGCCAGGCUGCAUAUUUUCCAUCGACACUUGUAAUUGUUGGGUGGCGGAGAGAGGUAGAGACUCUGGUUUCCAGGCUGGAGGGAGAGAGCGUGGCCAGGGUGUGCACUGGGCAGCACUGUCAUGUGCCCAGCAAUGAAUUCCAGGUUUUGCAGGGAUGUGGGCUCAGCUGUGUAAGCAAAACCUUCUGCCUGCUCACUCCUUGGAGUGGGCAGGGAGGCAGGUGGCCAACCUUCAAACAGCUUGAGGGAUGGAGAGCUGGCCUGGGGUGUAGCUGCAGCAGGGCUCUUUAUUUAGCUUGGUUAUACUUACACAUACACGUGGGCCAUGCAAAGUUGGCUGAGCCAACCUUGACCAGCAGCAAAACAAACAGGUUUUACUGCCAUGACCUGAAGGCCAGAUCAGCCACUGAGCUUCACUGGAGCAGGGACAGCUUUCAUUUCUGUCCAGAAGAGGAGGCUCUCAUGUAGGGCUGACUCAAAACAAACACUGUGCUUUUUUGUUGGGUUGCUCAGUCUUCCUUAUGGAAGCAGGGUUAAGAAGGUUUAUGCAAGACAAAGGUGAUUUGAGGUAGCCAGCAUGGCUUCACUGAGGGCAAAUCGUGCCUGACCAAUCUGCUGGCCUAUGAUGGAGUGACUGUAAUGUUUGGCAAGGGAAGACAUUGAUGUAAUUUACCUAGACUUCUGUAAGACCUUUAACAUGAUUUCAUGUGAUAUCCUCAUCUCCAAAUUGGAGAGAAAUUAAUUGGAAGGGUUCAGUGGAUAAGGAUCUGGAUGGAUGGACACAUCCAGAGAGUUGUGGUCAUGGGCUGUGUGAGUGAGUCAGUGGUGUCUCUGUGGGACUGGUGCUCUUUAAUACCUGUGUCAGUGGCAUAGUCAGAUCAAGUGGCACACAGCUGAGUGGUGCUGUUGGCACAACAGAGGGAAGGGGUGGCAUCCAGGGAGACCUGGACAAGCUUGAGAGGUGGGCCCACAAGAAUUUCGCAAAGUUCCGCAAGGCCAAGUGCAAGAUGCUGCACCUGGUUUGGGGCAGCCCCAGAUAUGAGAACAGACUGGGAGAACUCAUUGAGAGCAGCCCUGUGGAGAAUGUCUUGGGGUCUCUCUGAAAGAAAAACUGGACCAAUGCAGCAAUGUGUGCCCAUAGCCCAGAAAGCCAAACGUGUUCUGGCCUGCAUCCAAAGCAGCAUGGGUAGCAGGUCAAGGGAGGGGAUUCUGCCCCUCAACUCCACUCUGCUGAGACUCUACCCACAGUGCUGCAUCCAUCUCUGGGGUUCUCAGCACAGGAAGGACAUGAAACUCUUGGAGCUGGUACAAAAGAGGCCACAAAGAGGAUCAGAGGAUUGCAGCAUCUCUCCAGUGAAAACUGGCUGGAAGAGUUGUUCAGCUUGGAGGUUCUGAAGAGACAUCAUUGCAGUCUUCCAGUACUGAUAAAGUUCAGUCAAGGUCUCUCCAACAUCUAUAAACAUAGUUGAGGGAGAUCCUAACUUUUGAGAUUUAAAAUUAUCUUAACAAGUGAAUUGUAUGUCCCAUAGCAGCAAUUCCUGCCCAGCAUUUAAUAGCUCCUUUCCUCUAAGCAGACACACCUGCUCUACCUCACUGGCCCUGAGCCACCAUGAAACCAGACAUUGCGGGCCCUGAGGGUUUACAAAUAUCCACUGAGAUAUUACAGUGCAGAUCCAGACCUUUGGGGCUUGGGGUGUCUUUCUCCUGUGUUCAGCAGUCUGUGCUGCUGCUGCUGCUGCUGCUGUUGUGGCACUGGUUGAGCAGAGGCAUCAGCAGCCCUGCAAGAUGGGAGGGCUGGGUAGAGCGCAUUUGCUCAAUCUGGUCUCACAGUGGAAGAUGGAAAUAGAGAAGUGAAACUGUGCACACAGUCUGGCCAAAGCAGGUAUGUAGGAGGAGGGAGGUGAAUUGAAGGAGUUCAAGAGAGCAAGGAUGUAUCAACCUAAUGCUGAGCCCUUAAAAUGGGCUUAAAGCUCAGCUCAGCCCACACUCAGCCCACUCAUGAGGCUUUGGAUGAAGACAGUGGGAAGGUUUGAAGUGGUGGUAGCUGGAAAUGAGGGUGGUGCAUUCCUCCUCCCCAGCCCAUUUAUGCACAGCUGGGUAAUGUGUCUGUUGUCUGCUUGCAACCAGCUUGUUGAGUCUUCUCUUUCUGGUUGGGGGCCUUUGUUUCCUGUUGCAUAUAAAAUUUCUUCACUUCUCUAUCCUAAAAUAUUGUAGUUUAUCUUUUGCGGUUCUGUUUCACAUCUUCCUGUGCGCUUACACUUGCUUCCUGCCUCUUCUGUUUUCUGUUUCUCCCAUUAGCUCUGUAAACCCAACUCCCCAAGCAAGUAUUUCUACCUUACAAGCUGCUUACAGCAGCUAGAUGCCUUUUCUAGACAAACCAAUCCCAGACAAAACUGUCCCAGCCCUUGCACUUAUGCAGCUGCUCAUUUGACACUAAUCCAUUUUAAAAGAAGAGUGCUGGUGGGUGAGGAUGGAGUCAGAGGAGGGAGGUCCUUGCUUGCUGACACAUCUACAAGGCUGAGAGACCCACGGUGUGAUCUAUGCACUUUCCCAUGGGAGAAGCGGCAUUUCAACUCUUCCCUGAUCAGCUCAAACUGAUUAUUUCUGGUCUUUCGAGCUUUUAUGAUCAUUUUAUUAGGUAAGGGGGUGAGUUAAUCUCUCUUUUAAUCAAUCUGUAAUUUAGAUAACUUCAUUAUGUACCCAUCUUCUGCCUGCACUUCCUCAUUCAUUCUCUUUGUGUUUUGCAGACUUCCUGGCUGUGCUUCAGUGGCGGGUGACUGAAUUUAGUCUUCUCUGCAUCAGGGUGAUAGCAGUAAUGCAAAGUUUAAUGAGCACCUGCAAAGCUGUGUAGCAGGGAUGCCCGUGGGACUCUUCCGGGUGUGCCUACUGGUGAUUACAGCUAUUGUCAACCACCCGCUCUUCUUCCCUAAGGAGAAUGGCACCGUCCCCGAGAACACAGAAGAAAUCAUCCAGAAGAUGAAGGAGCGGGAGGAGAGCCUGCGGCUGGAGCAGUUGCGCUUGGAGCAGGAAAUCGCAGACCAGGAAGCCACACAGAAGGCUCUGGAAAAGGCUGCAGUGGUAGUGGAGGAAAGCAAAGAAGAAAAGGUCCGAUGGGAUAUGUGGACUGCCCUCUCCAUGGUCAUCUUCCUGCUGAUCGAGCUCUGGAGGCAGGAUUUCCAGGAAGGGAAUUGGCAGGACAUAGGAGGAGAAGAGGAUGACAUGGCAGUCCUGGGGAAGGCAUUUAAAGGAGUGGCCUUCCCCGACAAGGCUGUCUUGGCCAGCUUCUACGAGAAGCGUAUCCUGGGUACCACUGGAGACAUGGCCAGGAUGCGGGAGAUGGUGGAAGGCUUUGCAGAUGACCUGCUGGAGGCCUUGAGGAGUGUUUGUAACCGGGAUGCUGACAUGGAAGUGGAAGAUUGCAUGGGUGUGGGGAGCAUGUAUGAGAAUUGGAGAGUGCGUAAACCCUUCGUCUGUGAUCUGAUAGUGCCUUUUGCCCCCCCAGAGCCUUACUGCUUUUGCUGCCAGACCUGGUGCUCUGGUGACUCUUUUCCCCCAGAUGAACAAGGUUAUGGCACUAUCAAGGUGUGCAGGGCAGAUGAGGAUGCGACGGGUUGCAUCUGUGACAAGACUAAAUUAGGGGAAGAUAUGCUGUGCCUCCUCCAUAGCCAGGUCAGUAGUACAAGGCCCAGCAGUGAGAUGGAAGACCUCCUGUGUUUCAAAAAUACUCAAUAUCUGGAUGCCAACCAAGUCAUGAAGUGGUUCCAGAUUGCUGUCACCAAGGCCUGGAACAGAAUCUCCCACAAAUAUGAAUUUGACCUUUCCUUCAGCCUCCUGGACUCACCAGGAGCCCUGAAGAUAAAAUUUAAAUCGGGGAAAUCGAUUGCCUUCAACCUCACCCCCGUGGUGCAGUAUGAGAACUCUGACGUUUACUUCAUCUCCCACUUUCCCCGGAGCAGCCUGGCAGCAGACACCCCCUCCAGCACCCACUGGUUUCUCACCUUUGCAGUGUAUGAGAGGAGGUUCAUCCAGCUGGUCUCCAAAACACUGCCUGCCAAUGCCUGCCACGUCAGCUGCCUUCAGAUCCUCUCCUUCCUCCAUGGGAAGCAAUGCAGCCUCACAGGUCCCAGUGGGCUCACCAACUACCACCUGAAGACAGUGCUGCUGCAUCUCCUGCAGGCACGUCCCAGUCAGGACUGGGCCCCAGAAAAGCUGGAGGUCCGCCUUCAGGACAUGCUGAAAUUCCUAGAGAAAUGUUUGCAUGAAAAGAAGCUUUAUCACUUCUUUAUUGGCAAUGGGAAGAUACCAGCAGAGCUGGGUUUCCCCAUCAUAUUUCAGAGGGCUGAGCCUCUCAACCUUUUCCGUCCCUUUGUGCUACGCAGGGACAUUUACAGGAAGAUGGUGGACACGUUCCAUGAGAUGCUGAGGAACAUGUCUGCACUGAUAAAUGAGUACACAGUGCACAUUCCCCUUGCACACACCAAUGGGAUCCGUAAGGAACCCCUUUAACCAAAGCCAAACUCUAAGCACAAGUCCAGAGGCAACUUCCUGAAGCCUCCUGGGGGCAUUUGACUUUGCCAAUAGAGCUUCUUGUCUGGAGCUGAACCAGUCCUGGGCCAUGGUUCCUGCUGAAAGGAAGAGGCUAUGGGGGGAGAAUAGGGGGAAACUGGAAGAUAUGGUGUUGAAGUAGGUUUCUGUUCCACUGCUGUGCUUGGUUUUAUGCAGCUAAGAAUAUAUUUUUUCUAUUGUGCCUCAGUCAUGCUACAGCAGCAAAUAUAAGUAAUUUAUUCAGAUGCCUGCAAUGCAAAUGGGGGUGGGGGUGUGAUGGUGGCCAAAUACUUAAUUUCCUUCAGAAGGGGGAGAUAAGAAGAGGGUGGGGGAAUCAGGGACAGGAUCUUGGGAUUAAAGGAGCUUCUCUGCUUCCAGACAACGGGAGUUCUUUCACUAGUGGGAAGUGCAACAAGUCUACAUGCUGGUGUGGAGAGGAGGAGGGUCAUGCACAAGAUCUGGACUGGAUGGAGAGUCUUAAAUAAAGCACAGCUUCAAAAGGGAACUGUAGUUAAAAAAGAAGAAGAAGAAGAAAAAGUCUUCUUGAUUUGACUUGCAGCAGUAACUUAAAUGGCUUGUCCUGUCUUUCAGAAACAUCCUUGCACAUUUUUUCUCCUGUGGGAGGAUGUAGCAGAGCAGAGUCUGUGUCUUCAGACCAUUUCAUUCAAGUCUUCCAUGGAAACAUGGCUAGUGGUUUAUAUUCCUGCCCAUUUUGUAUGGAUCAAUGAACAGGAACCUUUUUUACCUUAGAUAAAAGAAACACCACUAUUGGG